AUGGACGAAAAUUUUGAAAAACUUUUUGAAAAAAUCAAACUGGAAAUGCAAUUACAAACAAAAGAGAUUACGGAAAAUCUUAUGGCAAAGAUGGAGGAGAAAAUGCAACCGCUGAUUCAAGAAAAUUGCAAGUUAAAACAAAAAGUAGAAUUCUUGGAGAGGAAAGUAGAUAUAUUAGAAAGAGAAAAAAAACGAAAUAAUCUUAUGAUUUUUGGCUUUGAAGAAAAGGAAAGAUCAAACAAAGAACUGAUAGAAUUACUUGUACCGGAAAUAAAAAACAUGGGUGUAGAGAUUGACGCAAAGGAAAUAUGGGAAGGGGAAAGGGAAGGGGAAAGGGAAGGGGAAAGGGAAGGGGAAAGGGAAGGGGAAAGGGAAGGGGAAAGGGAAGGGGAAAGGGAAGGGGAAAGGGAAGGGGAAAGGGAAAGGGAAAGGGAAAGGGAAAGGGAAGGGGAAAGGGAAAGGGAAAGGGAAGGGGAAAGGGAAGAGGAAGGAAGGGGAGGUCUCGUCAGCGUCCUUUUCGACAAAGACCAUUCAAACUCGGCGUUCUUGCGUAAAUUCCGCGGGACUGUGUACGGGAUGUCGGACGGCGAAGACUUGUUGGACAAAGAAGCCGCUUUCUAUGCGGCGGUGCUGACGCCUUUGAUCUUUUUACAGAACUAUCGCGAUACUUGGUGCCUUUUGGAGCGGUUCCACCGAGCGUUGCGACUGUACCAGGUAUCGCAUCCCAUGGAAAAGCGUUCAGCGCUCAAGUUGCUGCAAAACUUUAGGGCGGUUAAUCAUAAGAUAAAAUCAUUCGCUUGGGAUUUACCCGGCCCUCUCUCCAUAUCUCGACCCCGAACGAGUGAGGCUCCAGAAUUAGACGAAGGAGAGAUUCACGACAGAAAAGAUAUUAUUUACUUCAAAGAACUCAUUAAAAAUCUUGGU